AUGAUGUUUAUCCAUCCUAGUAUAGAGCCGUCAGUUUGUCUGUUGGAUGAUUUGAAUUGGUGCCAUAACCUCGAUCAAAACCCCGCUUCUACCAUUAGCAGCAGCACUGGGAGCAGCAGCAGCAGCAGCAACACACGUCCUGUCUACACACCCCAUCCCAUAGUUCAGGGUUCAUCUAUGGAUCCGCGCAGCAACCAUUUGAAAGGUCAGCAGUGUCUGGUGUUCCCAGUGUUUCGUUUCGACUACUCUUCUGUUCAACACAUCGUUGCUUUCCCCAUAAUCUCACUCGACUGGUAUAGAAAGUCAACUUUAGAUCUCAAGCUUCAACGUCAUUCCCUCAAGGCAUGA